ACUCGUGCCAACAAGGAGUUCUCUUCGCGCACCCAGGACACUGCUCGCUGGGCUCGCGAGCAGAUCAAGCGACAGUCAGCCCUUGGAGGCAACGCCCAGAUGUCUUGAGAAAUCAUACCAUCGAAGCUGCCGCCCUGCAUAGCUGCACGUAUAGCUGCGUGUUGCUCAUGCUCAGGUCCAGCCCUAGCUGAUGCUCAAAUCAGCAGUGCCCAAUGUCGAUGAAAACGACAGGACCAUGAGCAGUCCAAGAAAGGCCACCAUCCACCGCCACGGACCUUUUCCCCGCGAGUGCACGCUGUGAUUUCCGCCCUUGUCUCCGCUGUUCAUGCCCGAGGCAGACCUUGGAAUGAGACGUGACUUCUUUGCUCUUGAGGCACUACGCCGUGGAAAGAUCAGGGUUCACUUGCUGCCACCCACCCACCCCGAAACGCUUCCCCGAAGCACGACCCAUGUUACAACAGCACACGACACGACACGCACUCACGCCAGCACCUGCACGCAUGGAUACCCGCCCAACACAAUUGGACCCUUUUGUCUGACACCGAAACAAGGAAGUGAUGAUACAGCAUGCAUAGCAAUGAUAGCACUGGCACAAGCACAAAGCACGGAGAUGGAUCAGGAGGGGUAGAGACGGUGCGCACUGUUGCCUCGACAGUGUCGAAAGAAUAGAUCUGAUCACCCUAAUCACAAUCGAAAUAUCUCGUAUCCCUUAGCUCGGCAGCAGCGAGGAGUGUUCCCCG